CCACUGCGUUUUGCACCUCCAAGAACAUCCCCAACGUCAACACGGAAUCGCAGCAGCUGCUGAAAGAGUUUGAAGAAGUCACCAGCGGCCAGAGCUGCAAUCCAGUGGGUGGCAAAGCAGGCCUCAAGCGCAAGCAGCCCUCACCCCACCGAACGGCCAGAGCACCUCGGCUUUCCAACUCUGCCUUGCUGACCCAGGAAGAGGAGACCGAGCUGGGAUCACUCAAAGGUGACUUUGACUGGGCAGCCAUCUUUGACGCCGACCUCAAUGAAGACUUCUCCACUUUUGGAGAUCUGGACCUCACACCUUCCAUCAAUCCCAUAGUGUACGACGUGGACUUGACAGCACACGGGAACCACGCUGACGCCUUCCUGGCCACUUCGUUCCUGCAGCAUCCCUGGGACGAAGGGACAAAUGACUGCCUCUCCAACGCUGUCAACAUGGAGCAGUUGUUUGACCUCAACGACGCCUCUUUGCCAGCGGAUGACACUGACUGGGCCAGUCUGGCAUCCCUCCUAUAA